UCCUGCAUAUUUGUUCCUUUCUAGAUGUGUCGACGCUACACGGUUUGAGCUUAGUGUGCACACGGUUCUACCUGAUUUUAAAAGAUGCAAACUCACUGUGGAAAGCGCGAAUUAACCACAUAUGGCCGGAUGCUAGCUGGCUCUUAUGUCUCGCGAGACCCGACAACUGGAUGUUAUCAUACGUUGCAAUCAAACAAGAAACAGCACUAUGGAAACAGCAAGAGUCUGCAAAGAAGAGAAAUUGUCUGUUCAUCGAGAAAUUACCUAGAUCUGUAGAUGCUGUGUUACUGAUGCACGUAAAUGGAAUCUCUCAUUUAGUUUAUACAAAUUAUCAAGACUUACUUUACAAGCAACUUCCCUCACGCGAGAAAUUAUCUCACGAAAUCGAGAAUUCCGCCGGCAUCGCUAUGGGACAUCAUUCGAAUUAUAUCAGGGAUCUGACGGCAAUAGACAACAUGAUCUACAGUUGCAGUUACGAUAAUACGGUCAAGUCGUGGGAGCUCACUAACACCGGUUUUAUCCAUCAGAGAAUUUACAAUUUACGGAAGAGCGACAAUUUACAUUCGUGGUUAUGCGGGUUAUGCCAUAUAUCAUCGUGUCCGGAGAGUAAUCUCUUUGCGACCGGCUCAUCCUGCGGGACUAUAUACGUGUGCGACUCAAGAUCGAGAAAUAACCCGAUCAGACAUUAUCGACCUCACACUAAAUUCGUAAAUAGCCUGGCCAUGAACACGGAAUACAUCCUGUCCGCCAGCGUGAACGACGACACGAUGUCCGUUUGGGAUCAGAGAGCCGGACGGACCAUGGAGUCUAUCACAGUAAACUCACGUGUAUAAAUAUGCGACGGGAUUUGGUUUUCGUCGGGGACAAAAUACCAUACUCCUACUCGAAGUUGCACGUGCUAAAUUCAAAGGACGAUUUCAAGCUGGUGAAAUCUUAUUCCACCAAGCAUACGAAAAGUAUAACGAGUAUGCAUCUGACGCACGGAUGCCUGAUAACAAGUUCCUGGGACGGCACUGUCAGA